AUAGAAAUUACUUUGACAUGCAAACUUCAAACUAAAAGGCCUCCUCCACUCAAACCAGAGGCCUUCUUGCUGGGAGACAACAUUGCUAUCCCCUGUUAGGAAAACAUGUGCAGAUAUCAAUCUGCCAAAAUGGGCUUUUAUAAUACCAGGCAUGUUUUUAUAUCACCAAAAUAAAAGCACAGACUUUUAGGUAAAUUAAAAGAAGAAUACCAGGAACACUCCACCAUCCUCAUAUAGACUAAUGAUACUCAGUAUUAGUGAUUUACUCUUGUCCCAACAUGGCCACUCUUAUAACAAUGUGAUUGAUAUGUGGUCGUUGGCCCUGAAGACGCCUCGGAUCAUCAGUCGAACCUGUCACAGACCUUUUUCAGAUAUGGCUGUCUGGCAACACGUACAACGUCAUACUUUGAUUUACAGCGAUGACACAUCUUCACGUCUCCACACCUGAUUAUAAGUGACCCUUCUGAUGGACCUUCAGCAUUAAGCUGUUCGGUCAGGUACCAGCGAAUAGAUCGUGUCCAGUUCCUUUGUGCCAUGGACGUAGUACCAUCAGGAAGUUUCUUUCCACGACUCCUUGCUUUAAUUUUUCUGAUAAGUGUCCUCGAAGUUCAGACACGAAGUCUUGCAAGUCCAGUGAACCAGGUUUACCAAUUAAAGGAUGAUUCAGAUGUCCAGAGCAAGAUCCUAGCGUAUUUAUUACGCAAAAACAUUCCUCCUGCCAAAGGAGAGGAUGUAAUGGGACUGGAGUUGGCCAGCAAAAUCGCAGAGCUACAUGAGAUUGCAGCCUUACAAGAACAGUUUAAUCUAGAAAGGCAGCUGAUGUCUAAUGCAAUAGAAACAGAGAGAUCGAUACCUAAAAAAAGAAAUGACGCUUGUUUCUGGAAAUACUGUGUUUGAGAAUGAAGAUAAAGGACUGUGAUCAUCUGCUUCCCCAAGAUGUUCCCUAAGAGCAGAACAUUUUUGAUAUGAAAUUAUAUGUGUCAUGAUAAUUAUGAUGUAGUCAUAAUGUAUUUAUGUAUCUAUUACAUAUAUCUGUACUGCUA